CACAGAAGCAGCAGCCUCACCCACUGCUGCUCCAGCUUUCAGCGUGCCCGGGCCUCUUGCAGGCCGCAGCCCUGCCUGCUCCAGAUGACCCCUGUAGGAGAUGAAGAAUGACCGUCUGCUACAGUCCCCCUGGGAACGAGACGCUGCUGAGCUGGAAGGCCUCGCGGGCCACAGGCUCUGCCUUUCUGCUGCUGGCCGCGCUGCUAGGACUGCCCGGAAAUGGCUUCGUGGUGUGGAGCUUGGCGGGCUGGCGGCCCGCACGGGGACGGCCGCUGGCGGCCACGCUUGUGCUGCACCUGGCGCUGGCUGACGGCGCGGUGCUGCUGCUCACGCCGCUAUUCGUGGUCUUCCUGGUCCGGCAGACCUGGCCGCUGGGCCAGGCGGGCUGCAAGGCGGUGUACUACGUGUGCGCGCUCAGCAUGUACGCCAGCGUGCUGCUCACCAGCCUGCUCAGCCUGCAGCGCUGCCUCGCCGUCACCCGCCCCUUCCUGGCACCCCGGCUGCGCAGCCCGGCCCUGGCCCGCUGCCUGCUGCUGGCAGUAUGGCUGGCCGCGCUGCUGCUCGCGGUCCCCGCCGCCGUCUACCGCCACCUCUGGGGCGGCCGCGUGUGCCAGCUGUGCCACCCAUCGCCCGCCCACGCCGCUGCGCACCUGAGCCUGGAGACUCUGACUGCCUUCGUGCUUCCUUUUGGGCUGAUGCUGGUCUGCUACAGCGUGACUCUGGCGCGGCUGUGGGGAGCCCGCUGGGGCUCCGGGCGGCAAGGUGCGCGGGUGGGCCGGCUGGUGAGCGCCAUUGUGCUGUCCUUUGGCUUGCUCUGGGCCCCCUACCACACGGUCAACCUUCUGCAAGCCCUGGCCGCGCUCUCCCCGCCUGAAGGGGCCUUGGCAAGGCUGGGUGGGGCCGGACAGGCAGCGCGGGCUGGAACCACGGCCUUGGCCUUCUUCAGCUCCAGCGUCAACCCGGUGCUCUACGUCUUCACCGCUGGGGACCUGCUGCCUCGGGCUGGUCCUCGUUUCCUCACGCGGCUCUUCGAGGGCUCCUGGGAAGCCCGAGGGGCCAGCCGCUCUAGGGAGGGUACCAUGGAGCUCCGAACUACUCCUCGGCUGAAAGUGGUGGGGCAGGUUGGAGGCAAUGGAGACCCCGGGGGCGGGCUGAAGAGGGGCAGUCAAGAGUGGGAUCCUUGACGCUAAACCCUGCACCGGGCCUGCUCUGCCCUGAAACUUUCCAUCCCCCCUGGAAUUCACCACUCUGGGGCAUUUGGGAAUCCUUCUCUGAAUACAGUUUGGAUUUGGCUGAGCAGGAUCAUGACACACUUGGGACAGGCCCAGAGUCCUCCAAACUGAGGGAUUGUGAGGGUGGAUACCCCAUGUUAAAAAUAUCGUGUUCUUGGAGGUUGGCGUGUACCCAUGUGCUGGCUGGCAUUGCUCAUCUGUUUCCAGUAGCUCUUGUGAAAUACACGGGAAGCCAUCAGAUGAUGGCUUAAAUGUG